AGUAAACCUCCAGCGCGCGCAAAGUUCAGAUCAUUUGGCGCGAGGAGAGUGAUCGGAGCACUUCAGAUUUAACGCCGGACACUUUUUUUCCCUCCCUCAUCUCCGUCACAGAACUUCCAUAUUUCGUUCAUAAUGUUUGAGGCACGGCUUGUCCAGGGAUCCAUCUUGAAGAAGGUGCUAGAAGCCUUGAAGGACUUGAUCACAGAGGCGUGUUGGGACAUCAGUUCAAGCGGCAUAUCCCUGCAGAGCAUGGAUUCUUCUCAUGUCUCCCUUGUGCAGCUCACCUUGCGCCACGAUGGUUUUGAUUCUUAUCGAUGUGACAGGAAUCUCGCAAUGGGGGUGAAUCUCAGCAGCAUGUCCAAAAUCUUGAAGUGUGCUGGCAAUGAAGAUAUUAUUACUCUCCGAGCAGAGGACAAUGCAGACACAUUAUCGCUAAUCUUUGAGACUCUCAACCAAGAGAAGGUAUCGGACUAUGAGAUGAAACUGAUGGACCUGGACGUAGAGCAGCUUGGAAUUCCAGAGCAGGAGUACAGUUGUGUGGUGAAGAUGCCCUCUGCAGAGUUCGCCCGCAUCUGUCGAGAUCUGUCCCAGAUUGGUGAUGCAGUAAUGAUUUCUUGUGCAAAGGAUGGUGUGAAAUUUUCUGCCAGUGGAGAACUGGGUACAGGCAACAUCAAACUGUCUCAGACGAGCAAUGUUGACAAGGAGGAAGAGGCUGUGACAAUUGAGAUGAAUGAGCCAGUCCAGUUGAUCUUUGCUUUGAACUACCUCAACUUUUUUACUAAAGCCACUCCUUUGUCCAAGACUGUCAUUCUCAGCAUGUCUGCUGAUAUCCCUCUUGUGGUGGAAUAUAAGAUUGCAGACAUGGGACAUGUGAAGUACUACCUGGCACCUAAGAUUGAUGAGGAGGCAUAAGAACUGUUAGCUGGAGGAUCCCCUGGUACCCACGUACACUCGGAACUUGCAUCCCAAAAGCACUCUUAAGUUCCAAGACCCUUGUGUGAUAGUUAUUUCACACAGCAAUUGGUUGUCUGCAGUUUAUAUUUUGUAACUGUAUUGAGCAUCUUAAAGGACAGCUGUCAUUUUUCAGAGCGCUUAUCAAAACCCACUGUAAUUCUGCAACGUGGAAGGGGGCAGGUAAAAAGCAUGGGGUUAUGUUUGAAAUGAAUGGCUUUCCUUUUUUCUUAUUUCCCUCUUUUGAGGGCUGUCUACCCCUUGCUUGUAGAUAUUUUUCUGUAAAUAUUUCUAGUUUUCAGAUUUGUUGCCCAGAAUUGUUUGCCUGUCUGUAUUUUUACUCUUGAAGCCCAAAUAAACACAAAUCAUAUGGUGUUAAUGAGGUUAAAUUCUAAUGCAGUAAGCUUGAUGUGCUGAAAGGUCUCCUCAUUUAUUAGUGUACUUGAUUUCCAAACAAAUAAUGGUUUAAGUUGUUGGUCUCUUAAGUGAAUUUAGGUGUUUAAUGCCUGAUCAACUGCAAAGAGAUGGUCAUCUCUUCUGCUUAGUUUAUUUUACUUUUUUGUGUCUCACAGUCUGACUUAGUGGUUAGCACUGUUGCCUCACAGAUCCAACAUCCCCAAGCAAUGCAGAUUAUGAUAAUCCAUUCAGCCAUUAUCCAACCUGCUAUAUCCUAACACAGGGUCACGGGGGAUCUUCUGGCUGGUAAAUUUAAUUUGGUUCUGUAAUGGUUCAAUUGGUAAUAGGGUUCACAACUUUGGCACUGUUGGCAAGGAGCUUGCAUAUUCUUACUGAGUCUGUGUGGGUUUUCUCAGUGUGCUUCAGUUAUUUUUCCCCACAAUUCACAUGCAGAUUAGGGGAAUUCGUGUUACUAAAUUGCUAGGAAAAGCUGGUGGUUGACUGGGUAUUUAAUAAUAAUAGUGUUUUUUUUUUUAUAUAUAUAUAAACACUUGGUUGAAUCAGUUGAGCAUUAUUGCUAGGAAAAGGCCAUUAUAGUCUUGGAGUACUUGCUUAUUUUUACAGGUCCAGAUCUUAGUUCUGUGUCCAGUCACAAUUUCUGUUUGUUUGGUUUAUAUUUCUUUAGUUGUGUACAUUGGCACUUAAGAUUUGGAUUCACUUGGCUACCCUUUUUAUCCAGAUGAGAGUUGUGGCUGCUCACAUGACCUACGUUCAGUACUGUGGAAAGGCUUUUCUGCUUAGUGUUGCCUUGGAAACGUCAACAUCUGAAUAACCAUAUUAACAAAAUCAAAUCAUGACACAAAUAAUUUAUAGUUGCCUUGUUUACAAUGAUCCAAGCUCAGUUUAUUUAAGGUAAAAGUCAUGGGUGCACCCGUCAGCUGAGGUUCUGUUAGUGCUUGGGCUGUUAUCUUCAGAGGUUGUUGGAGUGUGAAAGCUUCUGGAGAGUCACAUUUGAUCAAUCCCAGAUUUGAGCAGGGUAAGUAGCUUCUCCAGUGGUUGUGUGGUCUCAUCCUACCAAGGAAUGGUAGCACUUUUUGUAACUUUUAAGAUGUGUUUUUGAUUCGGUAAACCAGCCAAUGUCUUAACUAGGAGUUUUAUCCCAUAUAAGUAUAAGAAAGAAAAAAAAAAAAAAAACUUUUCUCUGAUUUAUAUAACUCAAGUAUAAAAA